GGAUUCGCAGUUCGAGGAGGGAGGCAUUUAGACGCCUCAGCCAGAGCGCUCUUGGCUGAGGGGAACUCCAAGCCCCAGAGUGCAACGGGAGGCAGCCAGGGCAGUUAAAAAAAGUGGAACAGCGGCGCUACAAGAGUGCAGUGCGUUAGUCAAACACAACACACACAACGAACACGCCGCGCUCCCACCCACUUGAACCGGAACCGGUUUGGCCAAAGGCAGCUACUGCUGAGGGGGAAAGGCUGCGGUUGUUGUCGCCUCCUCCUCCUCCUCAGUCUCAGUGCAGGCGGCUGGAGGAGGAAGAAGAAGGAGGAAGAGGAGGAGGAAAGGGGGAGCCCCACAGCUCUUCUCCCCACAGCGUUCGGGGGAGAGGAGGAGGCGGAGGCGGAGGCGGAGGAGGCGGGCAUGGGGCAGCCUGGGCUUUCGAGCAGCAGCAGCAGCAGCGGGAGCAGGAGGAAGGAGCCCAGGCGCCGCUGGCGGUGACUCCUCGCCUGCCUCUCCCUUUCCCUGCCGCCGUGGGCCUGCGCCCAGCCCUCCUCCGGAAAGAUGGGCAACACGACCUCCUGCUGCGUCUCGUCCAGCCCCAAGCUGCGGAGGAAUGCCCACUCCCGCCUGGAGUCCUACCGCCCCGAGGCCGAGCUCAGCCGCGAGGACACCGCCUGCAACCUCCAGCACAUCAGCGACAGGGAGAACAUCGACGAUCUGAACAUGGAAUUCAACCCUUCAGAUCACCCAAGAGCCAGCACAAUAUUCCUCAGCAAAUCUCAAACAGAUGUGAGAGAAAAGCGGAAGAGUCUCUAUAUAAACCACCACCCUCCUGGUCAGUUGAGAAGGAAAUACAGUUCCUGUUCCACUAUUUUCCUGGAUGACAGCACAGUCAGUCAGCCCAACCUCAAGUAUACAAUUAAAUGUGUAGCUCUUGCAAUAUAUUACCACAUCAAAAACAGGGACACAGAUGGAAGGAUGCUCCUAGAUAUUUUUGAUGAAAACCUCCACCCCCUUUCGAAAUCCGAAGUGCCGCCAGAUUAUGACAAACAUGACCCAGAACAGAAACAAAUCUAUCGCUUUGUCCGGACAUUGUUCAGUGCUGCUCAGUUGACUGCCGAAUGUGCCAUUGUCACCCUGGUGUAUCUUGAAAGACUUUUAACUUACGCAGAAAUAGAUAUUUGUCCAGCAAACUGGAAGCGAAUUGUGCUGGGUGCAAUUCUACUGGCGUCAAAAGUUUGGGAUGACCAGGCAGUGUGGAAUGUGGAUUACUGUCAGAUCCUGAAAGAUAUCACAGUUGAGGACAUGAAUGAAUUAGAACGACAGUUUCUUGAGUUGCUGCAGUUCAACAUCAAUGUCCCUUCCAGUGUUUAUGCCAAGUAUUAUUUUGAUUUGCGCUCCCUCGCUGAAGCAAACAACCUGAGCUUUCCACUGGAGCCCCUCAGCAGGGAAAGGGCGUGUAAACUUGAGGCCAUCUCUCGCUUGUGUGAAGACAAGUAUAAGGACUUCAGGAAAUCUGCAAAGAAACGUUCAGUCAGUUCGGACAAUCUAACUGUAGUUAGAUGGUCACCUGCUAUUAUCUCCUAACAGUGAAGUCUGGGAUAUUCUUCUGAAAGUACUGUUUCUAUCACCAACUUUGGGCAGCAGGGGUGUUUUGGUUCUUCUUUUUUUUCUUCAUUAUUGGCUUUUCUUAUUUUUAGAUCCGGCUCUGCAGUGCCUCCCCUGUUGAGUAGCACACAAGAAUAAACUGAGGGACAGGAGAGAAAGAUCAGUACAUUGGAAGGAAUGUUGGAAGCAAAUCGGUUUUGUUAUUUACUACAGAUCUUGUCUUUUUUCAUAAAGAAGAAAAUGCAUGCAUAUAGUUAGAAGAGGAGAAAACAAGAAAGGUGCCAUUUAAACAAGAAAGAAAGAUCGUCAGCAGAAGGAGUGGUAUGAAAAUGAAAACCACAAGAUAAGCUUGGAAGAAGUGCCAUAAGAAAUGAAUUGGAAGUGAUUCAUGUUCUCUUUGGUAUCUUCUAUUGAUUCACUGGGUUUUUUGCAUUCCUUCCUGGAUUGUUUUUCUCGCUUCUACAAAGCAACAGCUAUGAAGAGGGCAGUAUCUACAGUAGCACAACAAAAGCCUUUGGAUUGGACAGCAUUGGUUGGUUUCUUCUCUCCUCUCCCAUUCAACACAUUGCGCUUUUCUUCAUAAGCUGUUUAAUUAGUUUUCUCCCCUUAAUUAUUAUGCGUGUUUUGUUUCAUGUAUACCUUUGUUGUAUUUUUGAAAACAACAUUUGACUUGAUUUAUAGUGCUGAACCAAAAGUAUACAAAAGAAGAUCAGGUGACCGUUUAUAACUUCAUUUUCUUGUUCUUUUUUUUAAUUUAUAUAACAACCAGGUAAAUGAUGCUUCAUGGUGCAUCAUGAAUACUGGCUGUUUCAUAGUAAAUGUGGCUGCAUGUGCCUUCCUACAUUCUUUGAGAUAGUUUAUUUUUCCUUACUAUAAAAGUUAUGAUUGUUGGAAGAAUUCAGAUGACAGUGAAACUUGGGCCAAGGAGAUGAAAUUUGCAUUGGAUGUGGUAGUCCUUUUUGCAAGAUUUUCAUAGCAUGUGGAGAUUUAGCAGAGUUUUAAGUGCGAGAGAUGGAGAGAGAGCCAGAAUCUCCUUUUGUAUGGCCCAGGUGAUUUCCUUCCUUUUCUGGUUCAAUGUUGCAAGCAAUAGCCUCAAGUUUUUUAUAUGUUUACUUUAAAUGGAAACCAAUCUGUUUUUAUAAAAUAGAAAAAAAAUAUAAAAAAGUUUUUGUUCUAGUGGAAAAGGGUCCAUGGAAGACAACGACGACGAUGAAGAAGAAAACUAUAUUAAUUUUACGAAGUGUUUUGUCACAGGUUAGAUUUCAGAAUAAAAAAACCUGUUUUUAAAAAUUACAUUUUUUCAGUGUAGGUGCUUAUAGAAAUUUAAACAAAAUGCAAACUGUGAAGAAAAUUUUGUUGCUUUGUUGAUUAUAUUGUACUUUUUUGUUGUGACUACUGGGACCCUCCUUCUUUUCCUUAAUAGGAUAAAUGAGUUGAAUACCCACUUUAAAAAACAAAACAACAACAAAAAAAACCAAACCACCCUAUCGCUGUAAAAAAUACUUGUGUUCUACAUAAGUUUCUGAACUAUUUUGCACAUUUGAAGAAAGAGUGACAUUUUAUAAUACAGAAAACAAAAGCAGAUAUAAUGUUCACAUUAAUGGAAUCGCAUGAACUCUGUCCUGUGCAAGAAUGGUGAAACAGAUGACAUUGACCUCAGUGUGUUGAAUUUGUUUUAUGUGCACUACUGGAGCAAAACAUGAAAAGCCUACACUACCAGAAACUUCUCCUGUACAAUCCUUCCAUUUUAUCUGUACAGUACUAUUAUGCCCAAUUCCCAGUCAUUUCAUUGGAGGCUUGUACAGCGUGAAUGCCCAUCAGCAUGCUCCUGAACCCUCCCAUUAGUUUCAGUGGUAGCUCUUACAGGAGGCUUUCCCAUCUACAUUCCUUUAUCUGGUCUCAUUGAGCCUUAAAAUUCCACUUAACAACUAGUUUACUUGACUGUAAGGUCUAAACAGCUGAAUUGAGUAUUUUCCAUGUAAAGGCACACCCAUGCAGCUCAAAUUUUGGGGAGCCAGGCAUAUACUUCUACUUCUUCCUCUCCUUGUAGUCAGAGGCCUGGAACCAAUGAGGACAUGUCCAGAAGCCUGGUAUGUUGCUUUUGUGAUUUCCUGCAAAAGUAAACAUUAGUCACUUUUUAAACCACCCUCUUUAGCAGUAGGAGCUACUGUAUGAGAAUCAUAAAGUGUUUGGUUCUUAUCACAUAUGGAUUCAUGUUAGUCCUCUUGGGAAAUGGGCAGGUUGGCUGUUGGCAUGCAGGACCCCUGCUGGCCUGCAUAUAGCUAGGAAAUGUUACUUUUUUGUACCCCAACUUCCAGAUCCACCCCCUCUCUUACUGUCGAGGGGGGGGGGAGGUCUGGGAUUUAUAUUCCACAAAGGCAGCAAUUCAACUUCUGGGCCCAUGUCGCUAAUGUAUCAUCUCCACAGCCAGCCACAAAUCCUAGUUAGGAAGGGAAUUUUUAUUUCCCUAAGACAGUUGCUGCAUUUCUUUCUUGCUUUUACAAUGUCGAGGGUGUAAGGAGUUGCUGAUUAGGUGCGUCCUAACUGUAUUUAAAAGCUAUUAUUGAACAAUGGUGCCCUGACUAUGGUAAUUGCCUUAAAAGGAUAGGGCAUUGAUGAGGUUAAAUUGCCAACAACUAAGCAUUUUCCUCUACCUUUCAAACAUUACUCCGUAACAUAACAAUUUUACUCACCUGUGUUCCCUGAUCUUUAAAACGGUUCUUUCCUUUUUCUUGUUGUUGUGCCAAUAUAUCAGAACUCAAGAGUUUUGAGGCUCCAUCCUGUCCAGCCUUUGCCUGUUCUUUUUUCUUGAACAAAAUGUUUUAAAAGAUAUAUUUUAAGUUAAAGGGGUAAGAGAACAACAAGAGUGAAAAAGAGUCAGUUUUUGAUAGAAAUGGGUUGCAGCCCCGCUAUCCAAUAUAUAAAUAAAAUUUUUACAAUGUUUUGUUUUAUCAACACUUUGUGAAACAAUAUUUGGGCUGACUUUUCUAGCAAGAAAGUCAUUGUUCUACAUGUUGGGAUGGAGCUAGAGGAAGACAGAAGACAGAAAAGUUUGCAUUAUGUAAAAUUCUCAAUGCAUCUACUAUAAUUUUGUGAGGUUUAUUAAACAACUUUAAAGAUUG